AUGGAAGAGUUUCAAUCGUUGCUUCCUGAAGGAAAAGUUGUCGAGUGUUUGGAAGAUUUGGGGUCAUUAACAGUAGCGGAAUUAAAGAGCAUUUUGAAGCGCUACAAGGAGAAAACAUCCGGUGUUAAGGCCGAUCUUGUUCUUCGCACGUUUGCCGUAUUUUGCCGUGCAAAAACAUUUAGUGUGCAUUCUGAAGAUGUGUUAGAUGAAUCCUCUCUCCUUUGCCAUGAGAAAGAAUACACCUACGAAGCAUUCCAUCAGCAAUGUCAGCAUCUUCCAUGGACAUCUGACCUACGUGGAACACCGGCUUUUAAUUUUCUGCAGUUGUACGAAUAUUUGGUUAUAAGAACGUCCAAGUUCAAGCACAUUCUUUUGAAAAGUACAUCAUAUAAGAAGCUGAAAGCUUUCCAGUUCUUUUAUGAAGGGUUUAUAAAGAAGAUUGACGUUGCAACAGAUAACAACUUUUCUUAUUUUGAUGUCAGAGUCAAAGCUUCAAUGAAGAAGUGUUUAUACAAAGUAAUUUUAAAAUUGUCAAUCAAUUCUGGUGAUGUUUGCUCUGCUGCAUGUACUUGUCCUGCUGGUAUUGGUCUUGGUGGUUUUGGCAACUGCAACCAUGUUGGGGGUGUUCUCUUUGCUCUUGAAGACUUCAACAGACGUGGUUUACGAGAGUAUCCAUCUGCUGUAUCAUGCACUUCAAAGCUGUCUUCUUGGAAUGUUCCAAAUGCAACUGCUCUUAAAUCCAUCAAUCCCUCUCCAAUAGAUGAAGUGAUAAUACAAAAAAUCAAGUUUGGAAAGGACAAUGAUAAAAGUAAUUUGUCUCACUAUAAAUCCUUUGAUCCACGUGCUCCAUCUGAUAAAGCUAUUGAUGAUAAAAGACUUGAAGCCCUCAAAAUGAAAUUGGCAGAAGCUUUACCAAACAGUGGUUUUUUUGGCUUUCAUGAAAUUUCUGAACCUGCAGAUUCUGACACACUUGCUUUAACUGAAGCCACUGCAUCCAAUCCUGAACAUCCUUUCUUCUACGAAUCCAUCUCCUUCAAUGAAUAUUACGAUAUUUCAACUUCCUCCUUCAAAGAAAUGAUGGACAUUUAUUGCCAAAACACAACAUUGUCCCAAGAAGAAAUUUCCAAUAUUGAAAAAACAACACAUGGUCAAGGUUCAAAUGAUGAUUGGAAAAAGCAUCGAAUGUAUCGUAUCACUGCAUCCAAUUUUUACUCUGCUGCUGUAAACUCUGUUGAACCUUCUUCUAAGCUUAACUCUAUGUUUUAUAAAACUUUCACAACAGCUGCAACUUGCCAUGGCCAGAAACACGAAGGACAUGUUAAAGAGCUUUAUAUAAUGUUACUGAAAGAUAAAGGUAUCAAUGCUCAAGUUUCUGAUGUUGGUCUGCAAUUGUCUUCCUCAUUUCCUUAUCUUGGUGCUUCAUUAGAUGGUGUAGUUACUUACAAAAAUGAAACAUGGGGAUUGGAAAUCAAAUGUCCAUUUUCCAAGUACAACAUGUCUCUUCAAGAAGCUCUGAAGGAUAAGAAGUUCUUUCUUGUUGAAGAUGGUGGUAAUUUUAAGCUGAAGCGCAAGCAUGCAUACUUCUACCAAGUUCAAGGCCAAAUGUUUUGUGCAAACUUAAAGAGAGUUGAUUUUGUAGUUUGGUUUGGAACUGGGAGGCCAUUGUUUGUUGAAACCAUUUGCUUUGAUGAAGAAUUUAUGGUCAAUUAUGUUUUUCCAAGACUGAAGUAUUUUUUUUGUAGAGCAGUUCUCCCUGAGUUUUUCACAAAGCGUGUUAAACAGGGAUUUAAAUUAUAUUUGCAUGGUGGCUGGGAGAAUUUUGAUAAAAAGCAUAUUUUAUGAAGUGAUAAUAUAUCUGAAGUGAUAAGUAAUAGACCAGUAUGUAUUAUUUUAAAAAAAGAUAAGUAUUUGUAGAAGUAUUUAAUAUCAUCUCUACUACUGAGCUAGCCAUCACAAAACAUUCUUAAUUCUAUACGUUUGAUAAUUUUAAAAACUUGACAGGAAUAUACACACAAAGCCGUUUUUGCAUUGUACAAUAUGAUUGUAUUAGAUAUCUUUGUACAGACAGUUGUUAAAGGUUGAAAAUAUGUUUAUCUACACUGUAUAACAUCAUAGUUAAUAUACUUUCAGAUAAUAUGUAUUUAUGACAUUAUUGGGAAUACUAUGAUUUGGACAAUCAACUAGAUACUUAAGCAUUUUAGACAACUAUUUUGAUA